AUGCCUUACCCCUCCUCUGUUCCCCUGCUAUGCAAGUUCCCUCAUGGCCUGUCCUCCAUCCUCAGCAACCACGUCAGUUGGGGAGCCAGGAGAAUGGAGGAUACUGAGGUCAGUCUCUUCUAUCCUGAAAGACCACUAUUCUUCUCUCAGGAGUAUGGUGGGGUGGCUGAUCUCAGCCUAGGGCCCACCCUGAUGAGAAAUCCUGAAGAUGUGGGCCUAGACCCAAGGGAUCAUCCCUGGCCUAGAGAGAGGCCUUUGUGUGUGUGUGCGCACACACACACACAUAUACACACACACCCAUCACAGCUUUCAGACACUACUGGCAUUUUCUGUCCAUCUGACUGUUAA